AGGUGAAACUAUAAUGAUGCUGUCCUUCUCGCUCACGAAGCGAGGGCAUAUAAGGUGGGAUGCUGUGGCCUCCGCUUCAUCAGUACCAAACAAACACACACGUCAAGUCCACCGUGCCGGUUAAGUUUGAUCAUCAUGAGGCUUGAUAAUAUACACAUUUUUUCUUGCGUUCUUCUUACGCUCGGAUUUUUUAUCCUGUCGGAGUGUGCGAAAAGAAAUCUGAAAGAUACGUUGAACGAAUUGGAUGAUAUAAAGAAGAACGAAGAGGUUGUUGAUGCAAAAAGCAAAGUACAAGAUAGUACGGAGGAUGAUCCACCGCCUGAAAAAGAAUUACCAAUUUUGCCACCUUUGAUUCUUUUGGAUUUUAAUAAUGAUACGAUCGAUGCUAAUACGACGACCGAAGAAAAAUCUAAACGUACGGUUAACAAUGGAUUGGGUUAUGGAUUUGAAAGAAAUUCAUUGUUUUCGGGAAAGACUAAUUAUUAUUUUCCUGCUGGUAAAUCUGGAACGACCGUAAGCAUCGAAGAAUCGAUUAGUCCGUUUCUACCAAGAACGAUAAUCGAAAAAUACAUUCCAAAUAAUCACAAUCUAAAGGAAACUAAUGGGUUUUCGAAUUUACGAACAUCUCAAACCAAUUUCGGAUCCAAUACGAAAGUUCAAAAAGCUACAAAUUAUUAUGACACGGUCGAUUCGAAUUAUAGAGGAAAAAAUGAAAGAUCGCAAUUUUCUACUCCAUCUUCCGUUUCGUCGAGCACUCAACUACCACAGAAUCAUUUCGAUUCGAAAUCCUCGAGAUAUUUGCUUUCGAAUUUGAAUAUUCCAUCGUAUCAGACUACCAACUUCAAUACAGAUUUCAAUGGACAAAGAGGAAAUAUAUUUCGUCCAACUGUCCAAACUUACAUCGACCGAGGUCAAAACGUAUUUCAACCUACCACUACAUCUACUACACAAAUCGAUGACUCGCAAAUAUUUAGAGUGGACUAUACUCCUCAUCGAUCUGGUGGACAGUCAGCAAGUUAUUUCGGAUUAAAACAGAAUGAUUUUCGAGGUAUAUCUUCUUCCUUGAGUCAAUCCAAUCGUCAAUCUGUUAAUUAUAACGACGUUAAUUCUCAGAAUUAUAACGAACAAAGACAAAAUAAAAUGGUCUCAACAACGCCAAGUUCAUUUGACAUAAAUUCACAAAGUUACAGAUACUUACAGAACAUAUUUAAUCCUACUGCUAAUCAACAGUUUUACGAAGGACAAAGACAAAAUUUCGGAAUUACGUCGCAAGAUUCAUUGAUUUCUAAUAUUCCAGACUUUAAUAGAAACAAUUAUCGAAUUUAUAACGAUCAACGACAGAACGAUCGUGCUAUAUUUACGACACCGAGCUCGGUCGAUGGAAAUUACGAAUUCGUCAAAAAAUCCACGACUCUGGCUAAUCUUCCAAGAUAUACGGUAGAAAAUGGUGUACAAUACGAGAAUAAAAUAUUUUGGAAAUAUCCAGACGGUAGAAUAUCUCACGAUCCACCAGCCACUUACGUAGAGACUUACAUCGAAGACUCAACGGUGAGUCCGAAAGUUUCGAAACUUCAUGAAAGUUAUGUUGAGACAUCUACAGAAAAUAGUGCCAAUGCUCAAGGUCCAAUACAGUUUCCAAUAUCACCGGAGUUACCCUCGCAAGAAAAUCCAUUUGUCUCGUCUGAUUCUUUGUCUUCUAAUUUAUCGCAUCAACAGGCAUAUAGAAUCGGUUAUCAGAAUUUAGUUAGCCAAAGACCAAACGUAUUGCUGGCGCAGAGAGCAAAGAUGGAGCUUACAGCGGCCACAACUUCUUCAUUUAUAAACACAACACCUUUCUCGGUUACCAAAAGACCAACAUUCUCGAAUAAAAAUAAGCAAGAUCGUAAUCAUUUUUCAUCGAGCUAUACUACCACGGAAAAACCAGUCUCGAGAUAUAUGGUCGAUGGACCAAACGCUGAAUACGUCGAUACUGCCGAAUCCUCAUUGAAAGUCAAGUCAGCCAAUCGGGAUUCAGCGAGUAAGACCAAGCAGAAUAACAAGAAUCUCAACGACUAUAACAAUCUUCAAUAUUCGGAUCUUCUGAACUACAAUCCAUCUAUAUCCCAAUAUAUAAAGGAUCCAUCAUCAAUAUUGAACGUUCGACCGACUUUCGUACAAGCUGGAAAUUCUUUAGUACCUGUCAUAAUACUUAGAGUAGACGGAACACCACCGGUUCAACCUAAAUCUACGUCCAACAUCAAUCUGAAAGCUCUUCUUCAAGAAUAUUUAAUACAAUAUGCUAACAGUAUAAAGGAAUUAGCUCAGCCAACCAAUUACGAACUUGGAGUGGAACAAUUCAGUCAAACUCAACGUACGAUUCAGGCGGGUAAUCGUUUAUUGCAAUUAGCACGAGAAACGCAAAACGAGAACGACGAUUCUUCUUCAUUGCCGUCUUCUUCUUCUCCUUCUUCCUCCUCCUUUCUUUCACAAUCCUUUUAUCCGGUUGCGAAAAAUUACGAAGGAAAUAUAUUUCUAACGCGAGAAGAGGAGACCCGUCCGAUCGUUAAGUUCGGUGAUCGUACUCAUGUAAGACCAAAAACAAAAAGCGUUCAAAUUAUCGACGAUCAGAGAUAUACGGCUUAGAAUUUUAAAUAUUAUAUAAAAUGUGUUAUCCGUACCUGAUAACGAAAUUAUCGUGUCAUAGUUAUUAAUAUUUUUGAUGAAAGAACAUUAAUCGAAAUGCAAUUCAUUUCACGAGGAAUAGUAGCUUUUCGUGGAAACGUUCUAUAAAAAGAAAAAAAGAACAAAAAAAAAGAAGAAUAAUGGAAUUAAUUCAUUUGUUAUUAGAUUUUACUUUGAUUUAGUAUUUAACAAGGGAUUGUGCAAUAUGGCCUCUAUUCGUGUGUUACAUUCCUACAGAUUAAUUUAGAUUGAAUUGGUAGAAUAGUUAAUCUAACAAUCAUUGUCUCCUAUAAUUAAACCAAAUGACGAGUACGGGCCAAUACUCGAAUAUUUGACGUACCUGUAUAUUGAUUUAUUUACGAACCUACGUUUGUACUAUGAGUCUAUUAUAUCGAAUUUACAUUCUUAAAUUAAAACGAGAAAACAGGGAUAUAACACCAAACAGCGUCACUUCGAAAAGGUACCUUGUAAAAACUUAGCUAGUAAGAAGAAAGAUUUCAAAUAUAUGAUGACAGUGGUUGCGAGUUA